AUGUCCUCGCGCUCUAUCAAAGAGAAAUCGUCCGAUCCCGAUCCAGCAUUGGCUGUGAUACGGCGUGUUGAUAGAGAUGGAGCGCCGCGCCGUAAUGGCAUCAGCAGGCUUCCGCAGCUACUCAAGCUGCCGCUUCUCAUGGUGCUUAGCUUGAAUCUUUCGGCGGUGCUUUAUUCGCUCAGUGCGAUGUAUUUGGAUACUGAUAUGGAUUUCGCGGUUAUAUCUCGCAGCAUGGAGAGCGAGGACUGGUGGGACGGGCUCGCUAUGGCGGGGACGUUGGUGGGGUGGAGGAUGUUCGAGGUAGCAUUGGCCUGGUUUGAGGGUUAUGAUUCGUAUGAUGUUGCUGCGUUGACACUGCUCUCACACGCUCCUCCCAUGUAUCUACUAGGCACCUUCUACGGCGUCAGACCUGCCACGGUAUUAUCAGCGCUCAUCAUCGAUGUCCUCACGAUGUCCAUUCCCCUCCGCCUUCUCCGCCUCCCCUCCCCAAUGCACUCGGCAUUUGCAUCUGCCACCUCCUCGGGCACCGACGCAGUCCCAAAUACAGAUAUCCUCACAGAUUCUUCCAUACAAACGCUCACCACCGUCCUCGCGGCAUCUAUAUACGGUACGGUCCUAUACUGCGCUUACGCCUUCGGCCUCCCCGUCUACCUCGUAACCUACUUCUCCGACAUCCCCAGCGUGGAAGCAGCUCACGCUUCCGUACCCAUAACGCUCAUCCCGCUCGUCCUCCCACUUGGAUACGCGGCCAAAACUUUCAUAUUUACACCCGCGGCGGCUUCUGCGCCUUCAGCGGCCGAUGCUAAGAAUUCCGCCUUCAACCCCGCAACGGCUACCCUAGGAGAGACGUUCUGGUAUAAUGUCUGGGGAUAUCAAACCAGGACAAAGACAGUGAUACGGAGGACGGCAACGCUGAUGUUGGUUAGUGGGGUGAAUACGCUGCUGAGGACGUGGAUGCCUAUUGCGGGCGUGGAGGUUGCCGGUGCGGCGGCGUACUCGACGGUUUGGGUUGUUGCGGCGUUGACCACUGGAGCUGCGUUGGGGCUUGUGUGUGCUGUAUGA